AAAGGUGUACAAGUGAAAGGAAUGACCGCAGGCUUGAGAAGAUUGUCAGGCGAAGCCGAUUUAAGAACUUAGGAGAGCUUCAAAAGGAGUAGACUGAAGCUGGAGUCAGUGCAUCAAGAGCCACCACACACAGACGUCUUCAGGAAAUGGGCUACAACUGUCACAUUCCACGUACCAAACCACUUCUGAACCAAAGACAACGUCAGAAGCGUCUUACCUGGGCUGAGGAGAAAAAGAACUGGACUGUUGCUCAGUGGUCCAAAGUCCUCUUUUCAGAUUAAAGUAAAUUUUGCAUUUCAUUUGGAAAUCAAGGUCCCAGAGUCUGGAGGAAGAGUGGAGAGGCACAGAAACCAUGUUGCUUGAAGUCCAGUGUGAAGUUUCCACAGUCAGUGAUGAUUUGGGCUGCCAUGUCAUCUGCUGGUGUUGGUCCACUGUGUUUUCUGAAGUCCACAGUCAACGCAGCCAUCUACCAGGAAAUUUUAGAGCACUUCAUGCUUCCUUCUGCUGACAAGCUUUAUGGAGAUGCUGAUUUCAUUUUCCAGCAGGAUUUGGCACCUGCCCACACUGCCAAAGGUACCAAAAGCUGGUUCAAUGACCAUGGUUUUACUAUGCUUGACUGGCCAGCAAACUCGCCUGACCUGAACCCCAUAGAGAAUCUAUGGGGUAUUGUCAAGAGGAAGAUGAGAGACACCAGACCCAACAAUGCAGAUGACCUGAAGGCCGCUAUCAAAGCAACCUGGGCUUCCAUUACACCUCAGCAGUGCCACAGGCUGAUCGCCUCCAUGCCACGCCGCAUUGAUGCAGUAAUUCAUGCAAAAGGAGGCCCAACCAAGUAUUGAGCGUAUAGAAAUGAACAUACUUUUCAGAAGCCUGACAUUUCUGUUUAAAAUAUCCUUUUUUUUAUUGAUCUUAUGAAGUAUUCUAAUUUAUUGAGAUAGUGAAUUGGUGGGUUUUUGUUAAAUGUGAGCCAAAAUCAUCACAAUUAAAAGAACCAAAGACUUAAAGUACUUCAGUCUGUGUGCAUUGAAUUUAUUUAAUACACGAGUUCCACAAUUUGAGUUAAAUUACUGAAAUAAAUGAACUUUUCCAUGACAUUCUAAUUUAUUGAGAUGCACCUGUAUAUUAUCUUUGCCAGUGAAGUAAGAAAAAUUAACCUAAUGUAAAAUAUAUUCUCAGAAAAUAAAAAUAAAAAUAAAAAUAAAAAAAUCUUAAUACCUUACACAAUUUUGCAUUUCAAGCAAGUCUAUUUUGUAAAAUGCUGUUUUAGGAAGGCUUAGCUAUUUUUACUGAAAAACAAGACAAAAAUCUGCUUAAAAAACACUUUGAAUUAUCACUAUACAUGAAAUAUAAAUAGCCUAUAAAUAAACCUGCCUAAUGAUUUCUAGUCAUUAUGAGGUGUCAAAUGUUUAAGCAUUUGGUUACACUUUAAUUUAAGGUGACAUAGUUACAUUGUACUUACUCAAAUCAGUACUAACUAGUACUAUUAAUUUACUACACGUCCUUACUAGAGUUACAGUUAGGGUUAGGGUUUGGUUUAGGGCUAGUUACUUGUAAUUAUGCAUAAUUUACUGUUAUUACUAUAAUAAGUACAUGUAGUAACGUGUAACUACAUCACCUUAAAAUAAAGUGUUAGCGAGCAUUCCUGUACAAGCGCAUCUGAAGCGAAUCCGCCGACAGUAAAGGAAUGAAAUCAUCCCGACCCUGCAGCAUCCUCAGCUGACUCAAACCCAAAGAAAAGCGUCACUGUAGCAGGAUAAUGCUGUGUUUCUCUGCCCUCUGUGAUUUCAGUGUUGUUCUAGCAUGCGGGAACAUCACAUCCUUGAUUACUGCCAGCAACGUUUCUACGGGGACUAUCAAUCUCCCUGGCAACAGCACUAAUCAGAAACAGUUGAAAAAGAAGAUCACUGAUCACUGAAGAAGAAGAAGGAGGAGGAGGAGGAGGAGAAGAUAAAUAAGAAAAUGACGGAGGAGAAGAAGAAGAAAAAGACAAAGGAGGAGGAUAUCCUCCUCCUUUGUCUUUAUCUUAUAUGAGGAAGAUGAUAGAGAGGAAGGAGAAGACAAAGAAAAAGAAGGAGAGGAAGGAGAAGAAGGAGAUGAAGAAGGGGGGAAGAGGAGGAGAGAAGGAGGAGGAGGAGAAGAAGACGAUGGAGAAGACGGAGAAUAAGAAGAUGACGAAGAAGGAGAAGGAGGCGAAGAAGAAGAAGACGACGAAGGAAAAGAAGAAGAAGAAGGUGGAGGCGAAGAAGGAGAAGGAGGAGAAGAAAGAGAAGGAGGAGGAGGAGAAUGAGGAGAAGGAGGAGAAGAAGGAAAAGUAGAAGAAGAAGAAGAUGAUGAAGAAGGAGAAGGAGGAGAAGAAGAAGACGACAAGAGAAGGAGAAGGAGGAGAAGAAGACGGUGAAGAAGGAGAACGAGAAGAAGGACGAGGAGGGGAUGGAGAAGAAGAAGGAGAAGGAGGAGAAGGUGGAGGAGGAGGAGGAGAUGAAGAAGGA